UACAUAAAAUGAAUAAAAAUUUGAUAAAAGUAUAAUUUAAUUAAAAAAAAAAAUUAAAAAUUGUAUAAUAUUUUUGAUGGAAAAAAAUACGAGCCAGCUGAUUAAUAAAAAAAAACAAUUAAAAUGUAACAAGAAAAAACUAAAAAAAUAUAGAAAAAAAUAAAAAUAAACUAUAGUUGGAGUGAUUAAGGUAACGGUUAUUGGUAUAAAGUUAAGUGUAGUGAGUGAAGGAAGAUUCAGGAUGCAAAUUAUGUAUAAUUGGAAAAAAGAUGCCUCAACUGGUACCCAAGGAGGCAAGUUAUCAGAUAUAUGGUUAAAUGAGAACGACGAGAUGUUUUUAUAUAUCGAGAACACCGAGUCAUUGAUAGCUCGUAGUCAACUCGUUCAACAGGGUGCAAAUAAAAAUAAUAAUAAUAAUAAUAAAAAACUUCAACUACCAUUGCGGAAGAGUCUUUUCGCCCACGUGCCACAAUAUAUCGUCUUUCAUUAUGCAAACAAAAACGAGAAAUCACCUGAUCUUCCUAAAGAAUUUCUCAAACAUCUCGUAUGGAAAAAUAGUGGAUCACCACUUGUUUUAUACAAAACAUUAAAAUAUUCCGGUUUUUCAUUAACAAAAAAUUUUCACGAUCCUUGGCUUGGCAUUUGGAUUGUUUCCCCCACUUCAAUGAAUAUAGAAAAUUUGAAAUUAUAUCAAAAAAUAAAUCAAUUUCCCUCCAUCAAUGAAUUAUGUGAUAAAAUAAAUCUCUGUAAAAAUUAUCGUCGUAUGAGAAAAAAAUUUGGUGCCAAUUUCAAUUAUAUGCCAACGAGUUAUAUAUUACCAGAUGAGUGUUUAAAAUUUAAAAAACGUAUAACAAAAGAAGGUGGAUUUUGGAUUGUGAAACCACCAAAUUUUUGUGCCGGACAAGGAAUACGUGUAAUUUCAAAAUAUUGCCAAAUACCACGACAUUUGCCUCACAUUAUACAAAAUUAUUUAUCAAAACCACAAUUGAUAAAUAAUUUAAAAUUUGAUCUUCGUCUUUAUGUAUUGGUGACAUGUUUAAAUCCAUUAAAAAUUUAUUUAUACUACGAGGGUCUUGUGAGAAUUGCCACAGAAAAAUAUUUAACAAAUUCCAAAUAUCUUGAUGAUAAAUUUAUGCAUUUGACAAAUACAAGUAUCAAUAAAUAUAGUCCACAAUUUGUGGGCAAUGAUUCUGUUAAAUCUUGUAGGGGUAAUAUGUGGUCAUUACAGAGUUUAUGGACGUACUUAAUGAAAAAUAAUAAAAAUACAAAUGUACCAAAAUUAUGGACAUGCAUUAAGGAUAUUGUUAUUAAAACAAUUUUAACAGCUGAAAAUUCAUUGACAAAAAUUUUUAUGGAAAAAUUAUCAUCCAGUUAUAAUGCAUAUCAAUUAUUUGGUUUUGAUAUUAUUAUCGAUGAGAAUUUAAAACCAUGGCUAUUGGAAGUUAAUAGUUGUCCAUCAAUGGUUGCCAAUACUCCAUUGUGUGAUAUUAUUAAAGGUGAAUUAACUGAAAAUCUUUUAAAUCUCGUUGGUUUUCAUCUACCCAAUAAUAUAAUAGAGGAAAAUGAAAUUUUAUCAAAAAUACACGGUGAAGAAAUUUUAUUUCACAAUUAUCAAUUGUAUGACAAAAAAUUAAAUUCCAAUGAAAUUGAGAAACAUGAAAAAUUUUUAAAAAUAAAAAAACGUGACAAUUAUUUAUCAACUAUAUUAGAAAAAUUAACAUCAGACGAUGUGAGAAUUUUAAUUCGACACGAGGAUGAAGAAUUGAGAAGGGGUAAUUUUGAAAAAAUUUUUCCCACAUCAAUAACAUUUAAAUAUUUUAAAUAUUUUGAAGAGCAAAAAUAUUAUAAUCUUCUUCUUGAUUCGUGGGAGAAUUGUUAUUAUUUGAGGAGGGAAAUUGGAAUUGAGAGAUUGAAGAAACUUUGUCAGGAAAAAUAUCACUUGCGUCAAUAAUAUACAACAAAAUGAAAAAAUAAAAAAAAUUUUUUAAAUUUGACUCUUGGCAAAAUGAUAAUAAAAACUAAAACCGAUUUUUUUAAAUUCAAUUGUUAUAGAAAUUUGGACUAAAAUUUCCACCUCCUUAAAAAAGUUAAAAAGUAAAUUUGAAAUUAAAUUGUAGUAUUAAAAAAAAAUUAAAAUUAAAUCUGCACUGGGACAAGAAAAAUUGAUCGUAAAUUUUGAAAUUCCAAAACGAUGAAAUGUUUAUUUUGAAUUGUAGAACGGAAUUUUUUUUUAUAUAUUCUCUUGAGUUGAAACAAUUAUUGAUUAGAAGAAAAAAAAAUCGAAAAGCAACUUUCCUUAUGUGGCGCCGUAUGUAAAUUUUCAACUUUAUAAUGACGUUAGACUCUCGUUGCCCGUGGAAUUUGCUAAGUGCCUCCAAUGGGAAUUAACGUCAUCGGCUCCUUGGAUUAUUCAAAAA